AUGGAGUCUUCAGUCACCAAAAGCAUUAUGAGCUUACCAAAUGAAUCUUCGGUCACCAAAAGUAUUGUUGGUCACAAAGGGAGCCUGACACUACGCGACACGUUUAGCCCUGACAGUCAUCAUGUAUCAAUGGGUUGUCAGAUGAAACCUAGUUCAAUUCCAAGUGAUCUAAAAGCGAAUUCAUCACCAGUUGAGCUAUUUCAAGGUUGGCAUAAAAGUGGACAAUGCCCCGAGGCAACAAUCCCCAUUGUACGAUCACCAAAAAAUCAACACCUUCGUGCUUUUCGACAUUUCAAACGUCGUCGAACACAGCUUAAUCAAAGCUUGGAUAGCAACAAUGAUGGUGAUAUUCUGAGUAAUCAUGAGGUUGAUUCUGACCAAAAAUCAAAUUUCUUCAUAUAUUGGACUAGCGAUGGCUACCAAAAAACGGGUUGCGAAAAUCUUGAUUGUCCUGGUUUUGUGCAAACAAACAAGAACUUUGCCAUUAGAUCUCCUUUAGAUGUUUCCAUCUACAACUCGAAGCAAGUCGACAUAGGGGUAACCAUAUACAAAAGCAAUCAAAGUUGGUGGCUCAAAGUGAAUGAUCAGGUGAUAGGAUACUGGCCUCAAUCCAUCUACAAAUAUUUAGCGAAUAGUGCUACUCGACUUGAUUACGGUGGAGAGAUUUACAACGCAAAAGUAGGAGGCGUACUCACAAAAACUCAAAUGGGAAGUGGCCAUUUUCCAAGUGAAGGCUAUGGAAAAGCAAGUAAUUUUCGACAUGUUCAAUACAUGUAUUCAACAGGCGGUUUUAAAGAUGUUGAGGUGGGGAAGCUGACUGUAGAUGCAAUGAAACCUUCCUGCUAUAAUAUAGAUGUACAAAGUGAUAAGAGCCCAGGCAGUGGAACCAAUUUUUAUUUCGGGGGUCCUGGCUAUUCUAAAGAUAAAUGUCCAUGA